UUAGCAUAAUCCUUCUUUCCAAAAAAUCCAAUGGCUUUCACGAACUUGUCCCUUCUUACACUCUGUGUUACCCUUGUGCUAUCCUUCUUCGCACCGAUUUCCAUAGCUGCUAAUAAUAACCAUGAAGUCGUUCCCCCAGAAACCAUUUGCAACUCCACCGUAGACCCUUCCUUCUGCAAAACUGUGCUCGCUAACCAAAAUGGCACCAUCAUUGACUAUGGCAGAAUUUCUAUCCGGAAGUCCUUGUCCCAGUCCCGAAAAUUCUUGAACUCAGUAAAUUCACUUCUUCAAGACAAAUCCUCUUUGUCCCUACCCACAAUUGGAGCCCUUGAAGACUGUAAAUUCCUCGCUGAACUAAACUUUGAAUACUUAUCAAACGCACUUGAUGCUGCUGACAAUGCUAGCGAUGUUCUUGCCAACGCUCAAGCCGAAGAACAACAAACCCUACUUAGUGCUGUUUUGACAAACGAAGAAACUUGUUUAGAAGGGUUACAAACCACAGAUUCAGAUCAAAGAGUGAAGAGCAAUCUUUUGUCCUCACUCUCUGAUGACAAGAAGCUUCACAGUGUUUCCCUUGACUUGUUCACAAAAGGUUGGGUGCCUGAGAAGAAAAUCCAAACAUCAUUUCAAUCCAAUGGGAGGCAUUUGGGUUUCCGCAACGGUCGUUUACCAUUAAAGAUGUCAAACCGUGUACGUGCCAUUUACGAUUCUGCUAGAGGUCACGGGAGAAAGCUACUUCAAGAUAGCAGCGAAAGUGUAUUGGUUAAUGACAUCGUGGUUGUUAGCCAAGAUGGAAGCGGGAACUUCACCACUAUCAACGAUGCUAUAGCAGCUGCGCCAAAUAACACAGUUGCUAGUAAUGGCUACUUUCUAAUUUUUGUCACACAAGGUGUGUAUCAAGAGUAUGUUUCCAUAGCCAAAAACAAAAAGUACUUGAUGAUGGUUGGAGAUGGGAUCAACCAAACGAUUAUCACCGGUGAUCACAAUGUUGUCGAUAACUUCACAACAUUCAACUCAGCUACAUUUGCUGUGGUGGCACAAGGGUUCGUAGCAGUUAACAUAACAUUUCGAAACACUGCGGGGCCAAGUAAACACCAAGCAGUUGCAGUGAGAAACGGAGCUGACAUGUCCACCUUCUAUAGCUGCAGCUUUGAAGGGUAUCAAGACACAUUGUACACGCACUCUCUUAGACAGUUUUACCGUGAAUGUGACAUCUAUGGAACCGUUGACUUCAUAUUCGGAAAUGCAGCUGUUGUUUUCCAAACAUGUAACAUAUAUCCCCGCCUUCCCAUGAGUGGACAAUUCAAUGCCAUCACUGCACAAGGCCGAACAGAUCCAAACCAAAACACAGGAACUUCCAUACACAACGCAACUAUAAAAGCUGCUGAUGAUUUGGCUCCUGUGGUUGGAACCGUGAACACCUACCUUGGGAGGCCAUGGAAGGAAUACUCAAGGACAGUUUUUAUGCAGUCUUUCAUGGAUAGUUUGAUAAAACCUUCUGGUUGGAAAGAAUGGAGUGGGGAUUUUGCCCUAAGCACGUUGUACUACGCAGAGUAUAAUAAUACUGGACCUGGUUCAAACACUAGUAACCGAGUGACAUGGUCUGGUUAUCAUGUUAUCAAUGCUACUGAUGCGGCUAAUUUUACUGUCUUUAACUUCUUGGAUGGGGAUGAUUGGCUACCUCAAACUGGCGUCCCAUACUUGAGCGGGUUGAUUUUGACAUAGUCAAAAAAUUAACUUACAAUCUAGUUACAUAUAAACAAAGUUGCUUAUUCUUUUAAUACCAGUGCACGUGUUUAUAAAUAAAUGCACUGUUACUGUAUUGUAAGAUUAUUAUUAACAAAUGACAAUUAUUAAUAAUACUUCC